AUGGAUGAUAAACUAGUUAGACACGAGGAGGUUUUGAAUGAAGUUAUGACCACUCAAGAGGAACUUUGCAGUACUCAAAAUGGAAUACAGGGCACACUGGAACUGAUCCUAGAGCGACUGACUAAUCUGGAAAGGGUUCCACAAAGAGCACAUGGGGAGAGAACUCAAGGUGAUGGUCUACUGCCUAUACUAGGUCAGGAAAUAAGGCAGCAUCGACCUCCAACAGUACAAGCUCCUGCGCCUAAGUGGGAGCUACCUUACUUUGAAGGUCAUGAGCCUAAAGGGUGGAUUAGGAAGUGUGAGAGGUACUUCAAUUUGUAUAGAACUCCAGAUAACUUGAAGGUGGAAGUAACUGCUCUCUAUUUGAAUGGAUUGGCAGAUAUUUGGUACGACUCCUUAGUACUAAGUAAAGGUGAAGUAAGCUGGACUGAAUUCAAAGAAGAAUUGCUGAUUCGAUUUGGGGAGGAAUUAAUGGGAGACAUAGUAGAGGAAUUCAACAAGUUAAGCCAAACUAGGACAGUGGAUGAAUUUCUAGGUAAGUUUGAGGAGUUGAAGGCUCAAAUGCUGAUAAGGAAUCUUAACUUGGAUGAGUCACACUUCAUAUCCAGUUUCAUUGGGGCUCUGAAGAAAGAGAUUAGGUUUGGGGUGAAGCUAUUCAAACCUACAACUCUACGAUUUGCUAUGGAACAAACUAGGUUGCAGGAGAAGGCCAUAGAAGCUGCUCUCAAACGUACUAAAGUAGUAACCAAAACCUCUCUAAUAACUGGCAAUCCUAGUAGUACCAAAGCACCUACUGCAACUGCAGUUAAGCCAAAUUCAUUCAGGCUUAAUCCUGAGGUAUAUGAGUAUAGGAAGAGUAACCAUUUGUGUUACAAAUGUGGUGAGAAGUAUAAUCAAGGCCAUCAAUACAAGAAGAAGCAACUGAAUAGCAUGAUAAGGACAACAGAGGUUCCUACUGAAACUGGUGAGAUAGAGGAAGAACAAAGCUGUGCAGGGUUGAUCAUUGAAGGAGAAGUGGAACAAGAGAUCAUAGAGGCAGUAUGUUUGAAUGCCCUAUCAGGUGAUAACAAAGGAGUCAAUACCAUACUGGUGCGAGGUACCAUAGGGAACAGGAAACUAACAAUGCUAAUUGAUUCUAGGAGUACUCAUAGUUUCAUUGAUGCCACCACAGUUAAGGAGUCGGGGUACCAAGCCCAACCCUGCCCACUAAUGAGAGUGACAGUAGCUGAUGAAAACUAUGUUAUGUGCACUUCGAUUUGCACGAGCUAUCAAUGGAAAAUGGAAGGUAGACCCUUCCAAGAGAACUUACUGAUUAUUCCACUUGGGGGUUGUGACAUGGUGAUGGGAAAUGAUUGGAUGAAGAAGCAUAAUCCAACCAAAUUCGACCAUGAGAAGAUGUGUGUUACCAUUGGUAAUAAGGGAAACAAGCUAGUAUUGCAGGGCAUUACUGAGGAAGGGAAGUUGAAUAUGAUCACCAGUGGAACAAUGGGUAAAAUUCUAAGGAAAGGUCAGGCUCUAAUAGCUCACAUGUUCAUGAUGAGUGAUGUAAAGGUAGAAGAGCAAGACCCAAUUGGAGAGGCUAUUGAGGAGGUACUGACCUUAGACCACACCAUACCCUUGAAACCUGGGGCUAUGUCAGUUAGUUUGAGGCCCUAUAGAUACAACUAUUACGAGAAGGAGGAAUUAGAAAGACAUGUCAAAGAGAUUCUCACUAAUGGCAUCAUACAACAUAGCCAAUCACCCUUCUCUUCUCCAGCCUUACUUGUCAAGAAGAAAGAUGGGACUUGGAGGUUCUGUGUGGACUAUAGGGGACUGAAUGACAUUACAAUAAAGGAUAAAUACCCAAUACCCAUUGUGGAUGAUCUAUUAGAUGAGUUGAGUGGGUCUGUGAUGUUUUCCAAAGUAGAUUUGAGGGCUGGUUACCAUCAUAUUAGAAUGAAGGUGGAGGAUGUGUACAAGACAACAUUCAAAACUCACAUGGGCCACUAUGAGUUCAAGGUGAUGCCAUUUGGGCUAACAAAUGCCCCAGCCACCUUCCAAGCCUUGAUGAACUAG